AAGGAGAACAAGCGUAUAAUUAUUAGUACUUAGUUCCUUCCUGAAUAGAUGCAAUGCCCUUAAAAAGUUAUCAGGUCGUUGCUGCAUCAGGAAACCAAUACAAGAUUAUUAAUUCAUAGUUCCUUCUUUUUAUGUGGAUGUUAAACAGGAUGAAGAGAGAUGUUGAGACACCAAACAGUUUCUUGGCCUUUUCAACCUCAAGGAUAUUAGAUGUUCAAUAUAUUUCUGUCACUUGUUUUCAUGUACUUAUAAAUUAUGUUUUAUAGCUGUUUUUGGAUAUUUUGGCAGAAAGUCGCUUCAAGUAAUUAUACCGGUCUUUACUUAGUGUCUGAGAAAGAAAAGGGAGAGGGUGGAAGUGUACGUAAGUCGGCUCUGUGACUAAUCAUAGCAAACUGUGGAAUGGUAGUGAAUAAAAGAUAAACGAACGAAUAAAUGAAUGAAUGAUAAACAAAAGCAAAAAAAAAAAGGAAAACAGGUCGCAGAGAACUACUAGAAAGUCUACGCAGCCAAUCUUGAACCUGAAUAACCACUUUUUUUCCAACGUCUCACUCCACACUUUACUCUCUUUUAGUUUUAUCCACGACAGUACUCAAGGAUACUAGAAGAUUACAAAAAGCCAGUCGAUCCAUAAAUGACAGCUCCCGAGAACAGGUUAUGCACAGACUUCCUUCCUGUAUAACUUCCAUUCAAAGCUUUAAAUAAUUAUGGUUUGUGCAUCAACUUCUCGUUUCCCGCUCCCUCCACCCCCUCUACCACCUUGUGAAUGCCUGAUUUGCUCCAGGUAGUGAUGCAUCAACUUGAGGAAACUCCAACAGGAAAUGCUUCUUUGUGGGUGUGUCUUUGUUGCCGGGUGGGUUCACAUUCGCUCUUAUAAAUGACUCAGUUCAGUCUCUGGCUUUUGUUUAGCAUCGCUUAGAGAAAACUUGUAUUCUUGUGUUCGACGCCCAACCUACCCGCUAUUCAUCCUUCCCUUACGAGUUAAUUGAUAAACAGGUACCUUUGGAAACCAGGAGUAACUCACAAGCGAGACCCUCAAGAAUAACGCGAAGUGGGCAACCAACCAAUUCGCCGCGUGAGGAACCGGUCAUAUAAAGCAUGGCGAGGUGGCACUCCUCACUCACACCUGCACAUACCACACCUCAGAGGCACUCAUCGCCCUUCCUGCCCUCCUCCCUCCGUGCCGAGAGUCAGUCAGCAUGCACAGCUCCGUCCUCAAGAGCCUGGCGGUGGUGGUGGUGGUCGCCGUCUGCCUGGUGCCCCGCGUUGAGGCUGUCCUCGAAGACCUACUUGAUGGCGUGGCCGUUAAGCUGCUCGCCCAGGGAAGUUUGAGCGGCCUGGACUUUCUGGACCACGAAUGUGAGCUGAGUAAGGACUUUGUGUUAGAUGGACUGAACCUGUACUUCACGGCCGAGAUGACGUGCUCUGGGUGGACCGAGAUCGUUGGCGAAGCCUUGGGCCCCGACUUAGGAGUGCUUGCCAUGGCCAUCAAGGACUUCGUCAUUAAGGCCGUGGUACAAGGUCUCAUCACUGAAGUGGAACUCCAGGCAUGGCUGGAGAUUGAGCUCGUUGGCUAGGAUGGCUCUCCUCUCAGUCCUCACCAAGUGCCUUAUUUACCUUACAUAAGAACAUAAGAACGUAGGAGUCUGCAAGAGGCCGGUAGGCCUGUACGAGGCAGCUCCUUUGAACCUAAGCUCCCGUAUAUAACCCCACCUAAUAUCGCUGUCCAUGAAUUUAUCUAAUCGAUUUUUUAAUGUGACAAUUGUAUUGGCACUCACCACGUGACUGCUAAGCCUAUUCCACUCAUCCACCACUCUGUUAGUAAACCAAUUUUUGCCUAUGUCACUGUUGAAUCUGAAUUUAUCCAGUUUAAACCCAUUACUUCGUGUUCUACCCGGACACGGGUUGUUGCAAGAUACCUUGUUGCAAGAUACCUUGUUGCAAGACUGGACCUGCUGAGUCAAGUAGAAGUUCAUUUACCUCUUCUUCGGACGUCCUCCUUUCUUUUAGAGAUGUACCGGGUUCAUUUACCUCCCCUGUUCAGAUAAACCAGUGGAAUGUUUUUUUUUUCUAAUUGCCUAUUUUUUUUUCACUGGUUGUAUUAAUCUCAGUGACUUCUAUUGGACAUUUUUUUAUGAUCCUUAGUCAGGUUGGGCCUCACGUUGGCGGUGAACGAGGCUUCACUGUUGCCUAAGCUAAAGCGCAGCAUUCUGACAUUUCGUCCUCUUAUCUCAUUCAAAAUUUAAAUUUCACUAAUUAUUUCCCUUAUUAGUGUGUUUUGUUGUCCAGGCUAUUGAUGCAAUGGAAAAAUAAAAAUACUUAAAUUACUC